UCAGACGGUCAGUCGGCUUAGACCCGUUCAAAUUUAUAAUGGGUUGGCUUCAAAAUAAUGAGCGCAGACCGUCAACGCUGUGUUUUUCCUGCAGACAGUACGGAGGCAUGCAGCAGGAGCAUUUUUUCAAAGUCCUGGUUGUUGGGGACCUUGGUGUCGGGAAAACGUCUAUUAUCAAGCGGUACGUUCAUCAGAUCUUCUCCCAGCACUACAGAGCGACCAUCGGAGUGGACUUCGCGCUUAAAGUUCUGCAGUGGGACAAUGACACUGUGAUCCGGCUACAACUGUGGGACAUAGCGGGACAGGAACGAUAUGGGAACAUGACCCGUGUCUACUACAGGGAGGCGGUGGGAGCACUGGUGGUGUUUGAUGUCACGAGGGCCUCCACAUUUGAGGCUGUGCUGAAGUGGAAAGAUGACCUGGACUCUAAGGUGACUCUGAACCAUGGAAGACCAGUUCCUGCAGUACUUCUUGCCAACAAGUCAGACCAAAUAGCGUGUCAGCUGCCCAAAUUGGACUCCUUCUGCAGGGAGAACGGGUUUGUGGACUGGUUUGAGACUUCUGCAAAGGAAAACACAAACAUCAAGGAGGCCGCAUGGUGUUUGGUGGAGCACAUCCUGAACAACGAGGAGAGCUUGAUGACAGAGCGAGAGCCCAACUCCAUCCUUCUGUCUGGAUGCACAAGCACCACAAGUAGUAAUUUCAACUGUUCAUGUUUAAAAUAAUAGCUGCAAAGUGAAUGUCAAAAGUUCGUUUUUUGUAUAGUUUGAAUUGUUUUGUUAUUUUAACAAACUAAGAAAAUGUAUGCACAUAAAAUGUAUACAUUCUCAGAAAGAUUUAACCUUGUUUUUAGCUGUUAGUCAUAACCGACAAGUCACAAACAAUGUGAUUCCCAAAUAUUUCAUUUAACUAAUGGUUUGAAAUGUUUCUGGGUAUACAUUAACACAUUAAAUAGGAACCUUUUCAUAUAGUUGAGUUAUUUUAUUUUGAGUGUUAAUAACAUAUUCUCUGCUUAUAUUUUGAUUGGGUCCCAAUUACCCCACCCCCUGAUGACGUCCAAUGCUGCAGUCUCUGUUUUUCUUGACAGAGACAGAUAUUUUCUGAACAGGAGCUUCUGUAGGACAGCUUUUUGUCUCUUUAAAGAUCUGACUUGAAACCUACAGCUACAGUCUUCAAUGUACCCCUGCUGUUUAUGUUUUCAUGCAGAGCAGUUUGCUGUGAUGCUAGGUGAAAUUUCAGCUGGUCCUUCACCAGGUAAUUUAAUUGCUUGUCCUGUCCUGGACUAGAUUACCUGAGUUAACUAUUACACACAUAGACUGUGCAGUUCAUUUAUUUCUCAUCCCUGACCAGAUGCUAAGUUAUAAGUUAACUCUUAUAGCCAUAGCACCAAAAUGUAUGCAAUACAUGACAUUUUUCUCAUUUAUUAAAAGGAGUAACAAGGUUUAUAUAACAAGACAACACACCCCUUCCCCACUUAGAAGCGGUCUCUAAGAUUGGUUAACACUCUACAUUCCCACAGCAAGAAGCUUAUCUGCUCAGCAACAGUCAAAGACAGUGUGUCAUAAACUUUACAUUAUAAAAACAAUGCUUGGGUUCAUAGGAGGAUGUAAGGUUGGGGAGUGUGUUAAUCUAGGUCAUUCUGUGGCAGGAACACCAUGGUGCCUUUAAUGGCAUGAUACACAAAGAACAUCUGUGCAACUCAGCUCCUUCCACGUGCAUGGUAUGUCGCAACCACAAACGAAAAUACAUAAAAAUGCAAUAAAACAUUUUCCAAUACUCCUCUAGACUAACACUAGCUUGUUUCUUCUCUGUUUUAAUAUUGUUGAUAAUUUGGCUCAUAACAUAUUUCAUAGGCUGCACGGUGGCGCAGUUGGUAGCACUGUUGCCUUGCAGCAAGAAGGUCCUGGGUUCAAUUCCUGGCCAGGGGUCUUUCUGCAUGGAAUUUGCAUG